CAUUAAAAUAUGGUGAAAUCAAUCAUUCUGUCACAUCAUACGGAUUAAGAUUCUUACAAUUAGCCAAUUUUAUUGGUAUUCCUGCCGUUACUGUACCAGCAGGUUAUAAUGAUAAAAACCUGCCUAUUGGAUUACAAUUUAUGGCAAAAUGGUAUGAUGAAGCAACAUUAUUAAGAGUUGCAAAAGUUUCAGAGGAAAUAUUUGGAAUUAAAAGACGGAGACCUGCAGAAAAAUAUUGGUUUG